UUCUCCCCGUAGCCGGUUGUACAUCCGGGCGGUCAGGUGCCCUGUAUACGUAUUGUAACCUACUUAUAAUUAUCUUGAAAUGGCUCGGGAAGUAAUUUUGAUUCACAUCGGCCAAGCCGGAGUACAAAUAGGUUCUGCUCUAUGGGAAUUAUUCUGUAUUGAACACCGAAUAUCUGCAGACGGUCAGCUAAAUCUUUCCGGACCAGAAAAUCAGAUGACUGCUGCAGAACAUGUGACAUCUUUUUUCUACGAGGGACAAAGAACCUUCACUCCUCGAGCGAUUAUGGUAGACCUGGAACCGACAGUGGUGGAUGAAAUACGAACCGGCCCUUAUCGUCAAUUGUGGAAACCGACUUCUCUGAUAACUGGCAAAGAAGAUGCGGCAAAUAACUACGGGCGAGGAAACUGCACCAUCGGCAAACUGAAAUUGGAUGAGACGAUGGAAUCAAUUCGCAAACUGGCUGAGGAUUCACAGAAUUUGGCCGCAUUCGAACUGGUUCAUUCUAAUUCUGGAGGUACAGGCUCCGGCAUGACAAGUUUAAUUAUUGACCACCUUUGUGAUGAGUAUGGAAAACGCUUCAAAUUCAGCACUUCCAUAUUUCCGUCGACCAUGUAUUCCACAUCCACAGUGGACCCUUACAACGCGCUUUUACACUCGCAUGCAACAAUGGAAACACUGGAUUGCGAUAUCCUUGUUGAUAACCAGACAAUGUUUGAACGUUGCACGAAAAACCUUUCCAUCCCUCAGCCGUCAUAUACGGAAAUCAAUCGUUUGUUGGCUCAAAUGUUAAGUUCGGUAUUUCUGUCUCACCGUUUUGUCUAUCACGGCUCGCAACACGCCGACACUACCGAGUUGUUGACCAACUUGAUCCCGUAUCCUCGGAUUCACUUUCCGUCUCUAUUUUAUGCACCGAUUGUGUCCAAAACUCAACUGAACCAUGACGCUUUGACCGUGACCGAACUUACUCGAGCUGUGUUUAGUGAGGAUGCCAAGACUAUCGACUUUCCUUGCAGACAAAAUGCCUAUAUUUCUUGUGCAAUGUUGUAUCGUGGAGUUAGCAGUCCAAAACAUGUUUACGAUGCAUUACAGUAUGUCAAGGGCACGCCUAGCGUCGGAGCUAGCUUCGUAGACUGGUGUCCGACCGGGUUCAAAGUUGGCCUAAACUCCAUGCCACCAGCAACAUUUUUACACUCACCAUUAGGUGAAACACCCCGUUCCGUGUGUAUGCUUGCAGGAAAUUUGGGAAUGCGUCAAGCGUGGCAACGGAACAACUCAAAAUUUGAUGUUCUGUUCAGUAGACGAAGUUUUGUGCACUGGUUUAUUGGGGAGGGCAUAGAGGAGAGCGAAUUUAUCGAAGCUCGAGAGGAUAUGGCCUACUUGGAGCAGGACUAUGCCGAACUGAUGUCCGACACUUGGGUCCAGGUGUAUGGAACGGGUCCCCAAAUGUUUGAUGAAAACUCAGUACCGCAGUUACAAGAAUUACAGCAGGAAUACCAGCAACCUAUAGACGAGCAACAAUACUAUGAUGAGGAAGCCAUAUCGUCACGAGCAAGCACCAAUCAAAGUGCGGCAUUGCGUGCGCACCAGUCUAAUAAUGCCAACACACUACUUUCGAGGACGAUGCUCCAACAAUGGCAGCAGCAGAUUAGGUACCCCAAAUCGAGUGAUUAUCAGCUGAACAAUGACUCUGAAAGCGCAGAACUCAAUGAUAGCAUGUCAUUAGUCGAACCUACAUCAAGUAGUCAGCAUGCCGUUCUCUCAUCAGACCACAGCGACAACGUGCGGCAGGAAGCACCGAACCACGUAUCUCAUUUCAAUGAAAUGGGUGACGAAUGGUCAGAUACACGCGAAGAGCCACUGCGUCCCAUGUCUGGAAAAUACGACGAUGGGUUAGGUAGUAACUGCUCCCAAUAUUCUGAACGUGAUAGUAUUCCUCCGUACAGUUUACAUGGCGAUAGCGGUGGCUUGGAGCGUCAUGUAUCUUUGGUGAACACUUCCAACGAGUCCGGUGUGCCAACAGCAGACAUUGCAAGGCCAAGUGGAAUUAGGGAUAUUAAUAUGAACAAUGCCCGACACUCACUGGCCAGCAACGACACAGCCUUUUUACCAACCGAACCUGUGAUAAUACUCGACUGUACAUCACGUUCCUCUUAUAUUCCUGACGUUCCCUAUCGAGGAAACGAUGAGUCAGGAGGCUGGAGUCAGACAGCUGAACUGUCUUCAUCGAGAGAAACCAAGGAUACAUUGUCUCCACAACACAGUGGCGCCCCAAGUGGAAGUGAAACUCCCUCUAUGCAAAGGCACAAAUCUAGUUUGAAACCCAGUGAUGGACGCCGGCAUUUUCCUUGCUCAUCUGCGAUGGCUUACGUAGGACUUGUAGAAUCGGUAGUGAGAGAGGAUUUAAACCGCUCUAAGGACUUGGAUUCUUACACGACAUCAUCUGCGAGAGGUUCAAGUGAUCUGCCGUGUUUGGUCCAAUAUCCAGAACCUCUAAUGCUUGGGAAUGAGCAGCUACGAACGAUCAAACAGGAUAGCAUAACUAGUGGUUUGGGUUCAAUAGCGCAUUCAUCAAAUAGUAUCUAUUCCAUCCAAAUAUGUAGCAUAGAGGAUUCGAAUGAGGAUAGCAACAAUAAAUCAACCUCCAGAGAUCGUCUUCAACAGCCUUAUCCCAUCUCGGAGGACAGAGUGACACGUGAAUCAUGUUAUCAUCACAAGCAUCGUCAGCAUCGCGGAAAAAGACAUACAAAGCACCACCAUCAUCGUCCUCAUCCCUCUCGACACACUCACCAUCGUCACCAUCGUAAGCCGGACAAUACCCUAGUCGUUAUUGACAACUCAUACAAGAGGGACAUCGUUCCAGAAGUUCACCUGCAAAUCGGUGCAAACCGUCCCUUAUACACCAGACAACAUGGACAUCACGUGAAACAUACCAAUUCGAACGUCUCUAAUGCCAUACCUCAUAAAUCGGGAAAGCCGCAACUACCUGCUGGCGACAUCGUUUCAAAUGAUGCAUUCUCUGUCACUGAAGUGGACAUCACCGAUGAUGGACGUGCGCUGACACCUGUCUUGUCAGCUUGGUCCUCGUGUGACCAGCCGGGUGGUACCCGUACUGCAGCAUUGUAACAUAGAACACACAGAGAAACCAACACACACAUCCACACACACACACAGGCACACACACACAAACAUACAGUAACACACUCACCCCGGUUGCAUGCUGUACCUAUUUCGCAUGCUCAGACAUUGCAACGGAAAAUCUGUGAAUAGAAAAAUUCACACUGCACUGCGUGCAUACGACUUUGUGCGUACACUUAAUACAAGUAUUCUGUGUUGG